AUGUUGCCCUACAUUGAUACCUUAUUUGGCUAUCCUGCCAGGCUCACUGGUGCCUCAGUGGAUGAGUUAAAGCUCAUUGCAUCAUUCCUGGUCUCAUACCCGCUAGCCGGUCUACUCAAGAGAAUCCCCGACGCUCAUCCUUGGAAGAAAAAUGUCUUCAUCAUCGCCGUCGCCCUGUUUUAUAUGGUCGGGUUGUUCGAUUUGUGGGAUGGUCUGCGCACUGUGCUGUACAGUGCUGCUGGGACGUAUGCCAUUGCCUACUACAUCGACGGGUCGUUGAUGCCAUGGAUCGGAUUCGUCUUCUUGAUGGGUCAUAUGUCCGUUAGUCACAUUGAACGUCAGAUUGUCAACGAUCCGCAAGCGGUUGAUAUCACUGGCGCACAGAUGGUGCUCCUUAUGAAGCUUUCCUCCUUUUGCUGGAACGUCCGCGAUGGCCGUCUGCCCCAGGAAAAACUGUCGGACCCCCAGAAAUAUGCUGCUAUAAGAGAAUUCCCCAGCAUUCUCGACUAUGCCGGAUAUGUCUUGUUCUUUCCGUCUUUCUUUGCGGGUCCAUCUUUCGAAUACGUCGACUAUCGGCGAUGGCUUGACACAACCCUCUUCGAGGUUCCUCCAGGUACUGACCCGGCCAAAGUGCCUCCAACCCGGAAGAAGCGCAAGAUUCCCCGCAGCUGCACGCCGGCCAUCAAAAAGGGAUUGAUGGGUCUGGGAUGGAUUUUUCUAUUCUUGCAAUUGGGUUCCUUCUACAACCAGGAAAUGGUACUCGCGGAGUCCUUCAUGGACUAUUCUUUCCUCCGACGGGUUUGGAUCCUACACAUGGUCGGAUUUACGACGCGACUGAAGUAUUAUGGCGUAUGGUCACUGACCGAGGGAGCCUGUAUCCUGUCUGGACUUGGAUACAACGGCUUCGAUGCCAAAUCAGGCAAAGUGUUCUGGAAUCGGUUGGAGAACAUUGAUCCAUGGAAACUUGAAACCGCCCAAAAUUCCCAUGGCUACUUGGGAAACUGGAACAAGAACACGAACCACUGGCUCCGGAACUAUGUAUACCUGCGCGUGACGCCUAAGGGCAAGAAACCAGGCUUCCGAGCCAGCAUGGCCACUUUCACAACCAGUGCUUUCUGGCACGGAUUCUACCCUGGAUACUACCUGACAUUUGUCCUGGGUUCCUUCAUCCAGACUGUCGCCAAAAACUUCCGCCGUUACAUCCGCCCUUUCUUCCUGACUCCUGACGGUUCCCAGCCUUUGCCUUCCAAGCGAUACUAUGAUGUAUUCAGCUGGCUGGUCACCCAGCUCACUAUGUCCUUCGUGGUGAUGCCGUUCAUCUUCCUUUCAUUCAGCUCCUCCAUUCAGGUCUGGAGCAGCGUGUAUUACUACGGGAUUAUCGGCAAUAUCCUUGCCAUUAUCUUCUUCGCCAGCCCUGCAAAGGGAUACCUCAUCCGAGCUCUGAAGAAGCGGAGCAAGCCCAGUAUGGCACGGACGAUCAGCGCGGAAAGCCUCCAAGAACCGACCUUGGGGUUGCCUAACGAUCCCGCGCAGGAGAUUGAAGACGUGGUUCAGGAAAUUAGAGCGGAAUUCGAAGCUAGGAGACGGCGCGGAAGUGUGACGGCCACCAUGCCCACCGGCGAGGAGCUCAAAGUCGCUGUGGAAAACAAGCUUGGUCGGAAGAUUUCGUUGUCUGAUCAUUCCGCAAAAUAA